GCUCUAAAGGAAUUUCUGUUUUGUUGAUGGUGAACACGGAAGAUCAAGUCAACGUCAAAAACAGAAACAUUUCACAAUGUCCACGGAAGGUGUCAUUCGGAUAUCACCAUUUGAGUUUGUUCAUGUCUUAGAUCUGAAUUCGAAUGUCACCCGCCUCGAGAAAGGUCCCCAGUCACUGGUGCUGCAGACAAAUGAGCGUUUAACGGCUGGCCCUCUCCCUUUGGUGGUUGUCCCUCCUGGCCAGUACUGUGUUGUAAAGGACCCUAUGAAAAAUUAUAUUCAUGGUAAAACUUGUGAUUUACGCCUCGGUGAAUUGGAGAUUAAAUUCCACGGGGUUCCGUUUGCCCUGUACCCUGGUGAAAACUUAGUGGGUGUGACCCUUGACCCCCAAAGCAAGCCCCGCCCUGACCUAUACUCUAAGGCUAUAAAAGCCCUGCCAGUCAUCAAGCCUAACCAUGGCCUGAGGCUUAGGGCAAGAUUUGACCACCUGGAUGAGGAGGUCCCCAGAUGUGCUGGGGACAUCUGGCAGCUGGAGGGGCCACUCACUUACUACCCCACCCCACAGGCAGAAAUCUUGUCGCAUGUCCCACCUGUUGUGAUUCUGACCGGACAAAGUUUAAAACUGCGGGCCUUACAAGACUGCUGUGAUAGCCACGGGAAUCCUCGGGUAACGGGAGAAGAAUGGAUAGUGCGGCGAGUUGGAGCCUACCUUCCUGGGGUCUACGAAGAGGUGGUUGCCGUGGAGAAAGCAACAGUGUUAACAGACGAGACAGCGCUUCAUCUCCGAGCUACACAAACACUUACAGACUCUCUGAAUCAUGUCAGAAUUGCUGGAGAUGAAUGGCUCAUCACCAAUAAAAACACAGAAGUAUAUUACCCACAAAUUGGUGUGGAAGUGAUUUGCCACGUGCAGAGGACCGUGUUAAGUCGGGGUCAGUAUUGCGUUGUGUUGGACCCCAUAGACAAGAAAGGUCGACCCCAGCUGGGGAAAAGAGAACUGCGUAAGGGAUUGGCCACCUUCUUUCUGCACCCAGGUGAGCGACUGUUGAGUGGUGUUGAGAACUGCCACCUGUUGUCAGAGAAUGAGGCUGUUGUUGUACAAGCUUUGGAUGCAAUAACGGACACAUCUGAGGAUGUUAAAAUAGACAGAGAGCCAGGUGACAGAUGGAUGAUUAGAGGUCCUUGUGAAUAUAUCCCCCCAAUUGAGGUUAACAUCAUUGACAAGAGAGAGAAGAUUCCCCUGAGUGAGAAUGAGGGGGUAUACGUCAGAGAUGUCCAGACAGGGGCGGUGCGAGCUGUGCACGGUCCCGAUUCUUACAUGUUGACAGAGUUUGAGGAAUUAUGGGAAAAGCCUCUUUCUGAUCUUGUUGAACAGUUGCUCAGACAAGGAGGAGGGAUUGGCUCAGAAGAUAUUCGAAAAGUUGCCUAUUUUGAGCAGUCUAUUGAUCCAGGAAUCCUCCAGGGGCGUAACAAAAGUCGCGUGGUGACAUACCGUUGCCCUGGCAACACGGCUGUACAGGUUUAUAACUACCAACAAAAGAGCGCUCGGGUUGUGUUUGGACCAGAGCUGGUUAUCCUGGGACCUCAUGAAAACUUCAGUGUCCUCAGUCUUAGUGCCGGGAAGCCCAAAAAGCCCAAUGCCCUCAAAUCUAUAUGCUUGAUGUUGGGGCCAGAUUUUAUUUCAGAUAUAAUUGAGGUGGAGACUUCUGACCAUGCCAGACUAAGACUUCAGAUAGCCUUCAAUAAUCAUUUUGAGUUCACAAGAGGGAAGAAGGAGUCUGAGCUAGCAAUAUUUGCUAUACCGGAUUUUAUCGGCUUUGCUUGCAGACAAAUAGGCAGCUGUAUCCGAGCGUCUGUAGCCCAGGUGACAUUUGAUGAGUUUCAUCGUCACUCCUCUGACAUCAUCCAUUCUGCGGUGUUUGGAAAUCCUCCUAAACCUCAGCUCAGAUUUGAUGUGAACAACAUGGUGGUCACAAGUAUUGACAUCCAGAGUAUAGAACCAGUAGACCUCAAGAUGAGAGACAGUUUGAUGAAGUCUGUUCAGAUGGCCAUUGAGAUCGCAACUAAUUCUAUAGAGGCAGCUGCUACACAUGAAGCCAAGAGAAUGGAACAAGCUGCCCGAGGAAAACUUGAGCGCCAGAAACUGGCCAAUGAGAAAGAGGCAGAGAAGGCGAGAAUCACGUUGUGCGAGUUGCGGGCUGUGACGUCGGCUGUGGAAUCCACGGGACAAGCAAAAGCUGAAGCUCAAGCCGAGGCUGAGAAGACAAGGAUAGAGUGCACCAGUGAGAUCGAGGCUGCCAAACUGAAGGCACAGGCUGAGGAAAUUCAGCACUAUUCACAGCUGGAAAUACAAGAUCUGACGAGAUCAUCUGAACUCUCCUACAGAAAAGAAAUGAAUGAUCUGGAAGUGGAGAAAUGCAGAGAAUUAUCUUGCAUUGAGGUGAAGAAGUUCAGUGACAUAGUGGACACCCUGGGAGCUGACACCAUCUCUGCCAUAGCCACAUCGGGACCAGAAAUGGAGGUACAGAUGCUGAAAUCCCUUGGUCUGGAGAGUGUACUGCUGACUGACGGAAACAGUCCUAUCAACCUUUUCAACACUGCUCAAGGACUGCUGGGAAAAACAAAGUAAAACUUACUGAAAACAGACACAGCUGGGAAACAAGAUUUAGUGCAGAAAUGAAUUUUUGAACCUUAUAGUUUUAUAACAUAUUGAAUUACCUGCUAUUUUGUUUCAUACAAAGUUAUUAUGAUGCUUUUACAUAUGAAAUGUACAGCUAAGCAACUGUGAUAAGAUAUAUGUAGUUUACUGAAAUUUUGUAGAGAGAAUAAUGUUGUAUGUCAAUCAUUGGCUCAGCCAUGAUGGCUGCCAAACUGAAUGAUGGUAACACUUUAUGUAAAAUGAUCUCUGCUGUAUGCUGAUUAAAUGUACGAUUGAAAAGUGAUGUUACAGAAAUGAUUAGAAGUGCAGUGCAGUGUAUUUCAGUGUGAUUUCACUUGAUAUUUGAUGAAGAAAAACAUUCAGUAAACCUAAUUAAGAGAUAUCAGUACACAUUUGAUAGUAUUCAACAUUUCCUAAUGAGUAUUCAUUUAUGCAUGUUAUAAUACAUUAUCUAUAUGCCGUCUAUACCCUCUCCUUGCUCCUUUUUUUUUUUACCAUAUUUCUGUUGUGUAUGUUUUUAUUUUUGACUAAGAAUGGACGGGAGCUUUCAAAGAACAUGAAAAAUAACUUUAUUUUUAUUUUAUUUUAGAUGUGUUUUUAUAAAUGUGGUGUAUACUCACCAUAUUGUGUUAAUAUGCGGCUCAGCUUGCACAAAUAUUUACCUCCUAUAUUAUGUAUCAUACAAAUUUAAUACAGUAUACCACUCUUGUCUACAAGUAUGUUUUGGACUGUAGGCUCAGGUACGCAUUAAACCAAACUUUGGUUAGUUGUCACAUUAUAAAGCUGUGAUAUUACUGAUGUGGCCUAAAGCCAAAAUCAUUAAUUCAUGUUAGCUGUGAAUGCAAGACCAUACGCAGAAGUGAGAAAGGGAGAUAACUCUAACUGUGCUGUUAAAGCAAUACAGUACAUGUACAGGAAUGUCACCUUCAUAGUUACUAAAUGUGUGAUCACACCUUUAAUAAUAAACCAUUUAACAUUGUGAAACAAUUUUGUCCCCGACAAUUCA